AUGGAUAUUGUCAAGGUAAGAGUUGGAGACAGUGUUUUUGAAGCAAAAAAGUCUCUGCUGUUAAGAGAUUGUGAGUACUUCAGGGCACUUUACCGAUCUGGGAUGGUAGAGUGCCACCAAGACGAGAUUCACUUAAAGAACCUUCCUGCUCAAGGGUUCUUCAUUAUGUUGGCAGUGGCCAGUGGUGAGAGACCCAUUCUGAAUGGUGGCGAGAUUCUGGAAGCCAUUGAAUGUGCUGCGUUCUUCCAGGCAGAAACUCUUGCUAAGCAUCUUCAGGAUCUUCUCAACUCUGACAAUUGCCUGCUCAUGUACCAAGCCUCGACCACCUAUGGUUUAUGGGGACUCCAAGAGAUGUCGGCACAGUUCAUUCAAAAUAUGUACCGUGACCUGCGAGAACAGUUGAAGAACCUUCCUCAAGAGUUGAUUGAACAUGUAGAGUCUCAAGUUCCUAGUACAUUUGUAGCUGUUGGAUCUCAUUCCACCUGCUCUGCUGAAGAGCUUCCUCUUGCUGCCACGAGGACAGUGUGUUACCUUGAUGAAGAUGAUCAGGAUUGGAAAGUCCUUACUGCCUUGCCCAAGGAGGCCAGCACCUCUCUGGCAGGUGUUACCGUCUUGGACAACAGGCUCUACAUUGUAGGAGGUGUUCACGGUGUUGACAAGAGGGCUGUUGAAAGUAGCUUUUGCUAUGAUGUCAUCACAGACACCUGGAGCUUGCUUCCAGGCCCCAGACAACCACGAUACAACUUUACUCUAAUUGGGUUAGAAGGUUGCCUCUAUGCCAUUGGAGGAGAGUCUGAGAGAACCACCAUGUCCUCAGUUGAGAUAUAUAAUGUCACAAAAAAGAACUGGUCCUUUGCUGCACAUUUACCUAGACCAGUAGCUGGGGUAGCUUGCACCAAAACUAUGAGCAGGAUUUUUGUUUGUCUCUGGAAGCCAAUGGAAACUAAUGAAAUCUAUGAAUACAUGUCACACCAGGACACAUGGGUUCUGAUCAGUAAACUCCUGAAGCACCAGAGCUAUGUACACUGCAUGGUGGCCCACAGGGACAACCUCUACGUUAUACGCAAUGGACCCAAGGAUGACUUCUUGCGUUGUUUGAUGGACUGUUACAACAUCACCACAGGUCAAUGGACUUCAAUGCCUGGGCACUACGGUAACAGCAAAGGAGCACUGUUUACAGCUGUAGUGAGAGCAGAUUCUGUGUUCACAGUGAACCGCACAGAUACGUUAGAGCACACCAUUGCAGGGAACAUGUGGAAACCUCGUAACCAGAUGAAGGGUUUUCCCAGGAAUGGAUCUGUGUGGACGUUUCUACUGAGGAUUCCGAAGGAGAGGAAGAACUAAAGUGAUGAUGUUACUGGGGCCCAACUACCCAUUUAUCAGGGGGGUAUGCAGCAUCAGCGUUGGCUCCCCAUUGAAUGAUUUGUCAUCUGACUGCCCCCUUUGGGGUUGAUUUGGUGUCCCCCCUUUUGUGUGGCACCCCAUGUGUUAAUGUGUUGCAUAUAUGUUUUUUGCACCCCAGGGAUUAAAUUGGGAUUUUCGGGGUGGCGGAAACCUAAGAGUGUUGGGGGUGGGCGUUGUUACACCAGUGGGGGUGUUGUUACACAUACAUUCCCACUGGUUGAACUGCUUGAAGCAGGCAGCGGAGUGAGGCAAAACAGUCCUGCUCUAAGCAGAACAGGAUCCGACACAACAAAGAUUGGGCUAUUUUUUCCUUUUUGGAAUCACAGGUGCUGGAGCAUCAUGCAGAGGUGCUGGAACGAUGUUCCAGACCAUUCCGCCCUAAUUUAACCCCAGUGUGUUACCAUAGUAACAAAAGGAUUUUCUACCGCAAAUGAUCUCUUUUGUCUGACUUUUUGUCUGACGCAACAAGAUUUUUCAAAACAAUGCGAUGCAUUCCUAUGGAGCCCUUCACAGCAAGUGCUAAUAGUCACACUGCAAUGAAACAACUUUCUUUAGCAAGUUUAUUUUCUUUUUAUGGUUACUUGACAAAAGUUACAGUGAGGUUCAAAAGUCUGACAUCACUAGUGCGUGCUAAUGAGGAGGCUAAAGGCUACAGCCCCUUGCGUUAGUCGCUAGUGCGCCUCUUGAGGCCAGGGUAGUGAGGUUUACACGCACUGCACAGCUUUCAUGUACCAGCUGCCUCCCGUUACACUCACCCACCUAAACCUCACUCCCAUUCGGGUCAACAUCACCACUGUAACCGGUACUGCGUCAGCCGUCAUGGGAGGCGGGCAUGCUAACGAGGAAGCUAAAAGCUACAGCCCCUAGCGUCAGUCGCUAGUGUGCCUCUUUAGACCAGGGGAGUGAGGUUUACACGCACUGCACAGCUUUCACUUACCAGCUGGAUCCCAUUACAUUAGCAUUACUAGCAAAUUAGCAUUAACAUGAACUAACAAUGAACAAUUGUAUUUUCAUACAUUAACAGUAACCAAGAUGCUGUUCAAUGUUAACUUAUGAUAUCUAAUGCAUUUAUUAAUUUUAACAAAUAUAACCUUAUUGUAAAGUGUUUCCUAAAUUAUAUUACCAGCACAUGAAUGACCGUAAUGCAUUAAUCUUGAAGUAUACAAACAUUUCUCAGCGACUGGCAAAAACAUUGCACUUGAUGGGAGUAGUUUUUGUGCAGGGGAAAAAAACUUUUGCAAUUUCAGCUUUCUCUUGUUGUGAAUAGGUCUUCUUUAAAAAUUAAGCAUGUUUACUUUUAGAGGUGAAAAUGGUACCAGAAAAUUGGAUUUAUAUCCUUUUAAAUUGUAAGAAUUAGUUUGAAGUUAUUAGUUUUUUUGGUUUUUGUUUUGUUUUUCUCCUUUAGUUUAAAAUAAUUGUUUAAACUCAUUUUUAUUGUUAAUCUCAGAUU